CGCGGCGCGCAAUGCGUGUCCUCGAUCCCCUGUCCUCCUUGUCAAGGCGAUGGCCCACAGUGUGAGCAGGGCGGGGGCGGGGGCGGGGUUUGGCGUCGAUCAAUUUCGAGGAAGUCCGGCGCCCGGUAGGUUGGCCCCGCGAAUGCGGACGGCACUACCGGUAGGAAGUUUGCACAUUUCGGUGGCUACCGGUACGUUGGCGUGGGGGGUCCCGCUGGGCGCCCGGUUUCUGCCGAAGCGACAGCGGUCGGCUGCGGGGGGCGGCGCCCUGGGCUUGGCUCCCCUGCCUGCCAUCGCGCGGCUUGCUCUCGGGGAAUGUUUUGGCGUUGUAGAUGGUAGCGAAGAAGGAACCCGACGGUCAACGAAGACGGAGCUCUUGCUGUCGUCUUCGUCCGUCAUCAGUCAAAGACAGAGCUUCUGCCAUAUCCACAGCCGCCCGAGGAAUUUUCUUGGUGUGAAGAAUCGUUCAACCAUAGCCAAGGAGACACUGGCGAUGGCCGAAAGCCAGACCAGUGGAUCGGCGGGAUGCGAGUCCCCAGUGAAGGCUGUACCGGAUGCGCGGGUUAAAGGCAUCGCUGAGUCCAUCCGAUCGAUCCGCGACUUCCCAAAGCCAGGUAUACUUUUCCGGGACGUCACGACACUUCUUCUGAAUCCAAAGGCGUUCAAGGAUUGCAUCGACAUAUGCGUGGAGAGAUACGCAGAGUCGAAGAUCGACGUAGUUGCGGGAAUUGAAGCUCGGGGGUUUAUUUUCGGUCCCCCCAUUGCGCUCGCACUUGGCGCAAAGUUUGUGCCUGUCCGUAAGGCCAAAAAACUGCCAGGUGAAGUGAUUGGCGAGGAGUACUCGUUGGAAUAUGGCACAGAUAAAAUAGAGAUUCACGUUGGUGCUGUGAAUCCAGGCGAUCGGAUCAUUGUGGUUGAUGACCUCAUUGCCACAGGUGGCACGCUUGGGGCUGCUCUUCGGCUUAUGGAAAGGGUAGGUGGUGAGGUGGUCGAAUGCGUGUGCGUCAUCGAGCUUCCUGAAUUGAAGGGCCGUGCGAAGCUCAAUGGGAAGCCAUUGUUCACCGUCGUCGAGUUUGAAGGCCACUAACUUGUGAUCUCAAGUUUGGUGGAAUAAGGAAGUAGGUUGCGGGCAAAAGUUUUGGGAGAAUGUUUCUUUCGUCUUUUCAUAAGUUGUUUUUGCUGUGUUUUCGUUUCGGCAUGUUCCGCCACACGGCUGGCAGCCACGGGGAUGGAGACGGUUUGUGAGCUGGGUAGCUGCAUCGGGAUGUCUGGACCUGUCCGGAUUAGAUUGGAAAUGUUUUUAUUCUAUUAUUUUUUGAAGUUCACCAGGAUGGUCGUUAGGGGGGGGGGGGGGGGGUGCCUCUAUCACCUCUCCUAGCGGGGAAAGUUUUGGUUUCUCAAAACUCUUCAAAAAAAUGUGGAAUGAACAAGUGUUAUGUGCGGUGACAAGACAACUGAUUUUUGGCUGAGCGUCUUUCUCAAGCCCGCAACCAAUUUGAAUUAAAAAAAAGUAGAAACGAAAAGAAAUAAGGAAAUGUACAUAUUUAUUUUUUUAAGGGCAUUCCCUGGUUGUGGUCAGGUCUGGAUCAGAUAAGGAUGUUUGGUGCAGUCCAGAUGAUUUAAUGUUCGGUGGCCGGAUAGGCCUAAUCGCCAGGUAAAUGAUUUGUUAGCCUUUCUUUUUUUUUCCUUUUUUUUCGCCCAUCCCGGCCUAAUCGCCAGGUAAAUGAUUUGUUAGCCUUUCUUUUUUUUUCCUUUUUUUUCGCCCAUCCCAGAUGUUGUGGACAAUGUCAGCCAGAAAAUCAAAAUAUAUAUCCUUGGGGACAACAGUACACCCAGCGUUUAUCAUUUCUUCUGAUAAACCCUCCAAUGGCAUGCCCUCUCUUCCCAAACGUCCUUUUCCUGCACACUUUGCGCCUUUCAGUAGAGUGGACGGGUGAACGGACGGGAUCUGCUUGGUGAAUUGUGCAUCACGAGAGUUGGAACCCUUUUGGAAUGUGGAUAAUUGUGUGGCGAGCAGACAGUUUUGCUAGUGGGUGGGAAUAUUUUGAAGGACUGGUGUCUUUUGGGUAUCUUGAACGGUUUCUGAUUGCAUUUCAGCAAGACGGUAAAUUGGGAGGCCUUUUCAUGUAAAUUAUUAUGUGUGUGUGCAUAGUGUGAAACACCGUGCACUCGGUCGAGGUUUUGGAGUGCG